CAAGAUCGUACAUUCUUCUCCUUUUACAUCACUUCGUGUUCGCACUCGACGUCGUGCAGACCAACCAGUGGAAAUUCGCAACAUCAAGUGUCUUUUGGGCAGUUUAUUUGUCAGUGGCAGUGCAGUUUUUGGCCAGGAUUGCGUGGAAUUGUGGUGCCUUUUGCCUUCACGGACGUGCGGAAAAUGGAAUCGAUAGAACCAGAACAGAUUGAGGUGACUGAGGCAGAACCGUUUCUCGGUCCCCUGGACAUAGUUUUGCUGGUCAUCCUGUUGGGAGCCGCUGCUUGGUGGCUGCUGAAGAACAAGAAGAACAACGAUGAGUCCAGUUCUGCGCGAUCCUAUUCUAUUCAGCCAACGACGGUCAAUACGAUGACGAUGGCUGAGAACUCCUUCAUAAAGAAGCUGAAAGCUUCCGGCAGGAGUUUAGUCGUAUUCUAUGGAUCACAGACUGGAACAGCCGAAGAGUUUGCCGGUCGCCUGGCGAAGGAGGGCAUGCGGUAUCAGCUGAAGGGAAUGGUGGCGGAUCCUGAGGAGUGUGACAUGGAAGAGUUGCUCAAUCUCAAGACAAUUAACAACUCACUAGCCGUCUUCUGUCUGGCAACGUACGGCGAAGGAGAUCCAACUGACAACGCGAUGGAAUUCUACGAAUGGAUUAAGAACGGAGAUGUGGACUUGACCGGACUUAAUUAUGCCGUCUUUGGGUUGGGCAACAAGACUUAUGAGCAUUACAACAAGGUGGCGAUUUAUGUGGAUAAGCGACUGGAAGAGCUCGGCGCACAGCGAGUGUUUGAGAUUGGACUUGGCGAUGACGAUGCAAACAUUGAGGAUGACUUCAUCACGUGGAAAGAUCGCUUCUGGCCGGUGGUGUGCGACUACUUUGGCAUCGAGAGCACUGGAGAAGACAUUCUGAUGAGACAGUAUCGUCUCCUGGAGCAGCCCGAAGUCACACCAGAUCGCAUUUACUCGGGUGAAGUUGCUCGUCUACACUCGCUGCAGAAUCAGCGCCCGCCGUUCGACGCGAAGAACCCGUACUUGGCGCCCAUCCGCGUGAACAGGGAGCUGCACAAGGGCGGCGGCAGAUCCUGCAUGCACGUGGAAUUCGACAUCGAAGGCUCGAAGAUGCGCUACGAAGCCGGAGAUCACUUGGCCAUGUAUGCAGUGAAUGACACUGAUCUGGUCACUCGCCUGGGUGAUCUGUGCAAAGCCGAUCUGGAUCAGGUCUUUUCGCUUAUCAACACAGACACGGAGAGCAGCAAGAAGCACCCUUUCCCCUGUCCCACCACUUAUCGCACUGCCUUGACGCACUACUUGGAGAUCACGGCCAUUCCGCGAACGCACAUCCUGAAGGAGUUGGCCGAAUAUUGCUCGGAUGAGAAGGACAAGGAAUUCCUGCGGUUUCUGGCCUCGACAACGGCCGAGGGGAAGGCAAAGUAUCAGACCUGGAUUCAAGAUGCCACCAGGAAUAUUGUGCACAUUCUCGAGGAUGUUCCAUCCUGUCGGCCGCCAAUUGAUCACGUUUGUGAAAUUCUACCUCGACUGCAACCACGAUAUUACUCAAUAUCGUCCUCAUCUAAGUUGCAUCCGCAAACAGUGCACAUCACUGCUGUUCUAGUCAAAUAUGAGACGGCAACUGGUCGUAUCAACAAGGGCGUCGCAACGAACUUCCUUGCUGCGCAGCGUCCCGAGGGCGAACCGCUGCCGCGUGUGCCAAUAUUUAUUCGCAAGAGUCAAUUCAGAUUGCCGACGAAGUCGGAGAUUCCGAUCAUCAUGAUCGGACCGGGAACCGGCCUGGCGCCGUUCCGUGGCUUCAUCCAAGAGCGUGACAAUUGUCGUCGAGAAGGACAAAAUGUAGGAGAUACUAUUUUAUACUUUGGUUGCCGCAAGAAGUCCGAAGACUUCCUUUAUCAAGAGGAACUUGAUGAGUAUGUUAAGCAGAGCUCUUUGCAGCUUCGAGUGGCCUUUUCCAGGGAGCAAGAGAAGAAGGUGUAUGUUACACAUUUACUGCAGGAAGAUUCCGACAAGGUUUGGGAUGUUAUCGGAGAGAAGAAGGGUCAUGUAUACAUUUGCGGUGAUGCUAAAAAUAUGGCUAGUGAUGUACGUAAUAUUCUUCUGAAUGUCAUACAAACCAAAGGUGGCUUCUCUGAGAGCGAAGCGCAGCAAUAUUUAAAGAAAAUGGAGGCGCAGAAGCGAUAUUCUGCGGAUGUUUGGAGCUAAUUAUGCGAAUAAUUAUGUUAAAAUUGUAACGUAAUGUUAUUUAAUUUGGUUCCAUUCCAUUCCAUUUGAAGUGUAGCGAAAAGAAGGCACGUGCGUCUCAUUGUACACUAGAAGUACGUUUGGAGUAUGAUAUUUUCUUAUAUCUUUUGUGGUACACUGAUUUCGAGAGAGUUUGUACCAAUUGUAGGCGAUAAUUUAGCAAAAGAGGACACACGUAGGAAACAGCCACAUAACUUCUUUUUUUUUAACUGAGGGAAAUUUAUCAUUUAACUGUAACUGCUAAAAAAGAUGGUCAUAAAUAAAUUCUUCUCUUCAAUUUUUCUUCUUCUUCUAUUUACCUUGUGAUAGAUGUUAUGUUAGAAAAUACACACCGGAAGAGCGAUAAGGAACAAAUUUGAUGAGCGAGGGUAGUUGUUAUGUUAAUAAAUUUAUUAUGGCGUGAACAUUUUCGUUGAGUAGACACUUACAAGUAAAAGAAAAUUGUUUAAGGUUGAUAGAAUGUUAAUUUACUAUUUUGUAAAUUAUGGUGUUUGAUAGCCACAAAUUAUUAGAUUUUUUUGUAAAGUUUUAAUAUACAUUUAUAUACUUUGAAUGGA